UUCUUUCUUUCUUCGCAAUCCGCGCCCGAAAAUUUUUUAUUAGAAGGCCCGCCUAGCCGGGCUACUGAGACGCAACUGCUGACGGACAUGUUUCCUGGCCUAUAAAAAGAUAGCGAUGUCUGCCGUGAACCAAUGGGGCUGGAAGACUUGCAGAUGAAGCCUGAAGCAAGGAAGGCUCCCAGGAAGUGGCUGCUGCAGAAAGUGAGGAAGAAGGUGCAGAGAGGCUUUGAAGUAAAAGGUAAACACAGGUAGUUAGGUGACAGUUUCUUCUCUCCUUGAGAACCAUGUGGGAUCCCAAUGCAGGCCAGCCAGGUGCCUACCCAGGAGCAGCCUAUCCUCCCAAUCCUUCUUACCCAGCUGGCUUCAACCCUGCACACCCUCCUCCUGUGAAUCCUGCCUUUCCCUCUGGCCCAGUACCUGCUGGCUCAUACCCUGGCCCUCCAUCAGGGAUCCCAGGGCAACCUGCGUACCCACCGGGUCAUCCUAUUCAGCCCCUGUAUUCUGGGCAUCAGCCUGGCUACCCUGGCCCGCCUGGCGGUCCUUAUCCCCCGCCUGCUCCUGGUAUGCCUGGAGGAAUGGGGGUGAAUCCUUUGCUGCCUGGGGCUAUUGCUACGGGGACCUAUGGGAUGGAUAAGAAGGCAGCCAAGAAGAUGAAGAAGAAGAUGAAGAAGGCCCACAAGAUGCACAAACCACAGAAAUCCCACAAGCUGCACGGGAAGCAUUCCUCCUCUUCCAGCAGCAGUGACUCCGACUGAGGCUUCCCCCUACCUCCCAGCCAUAUCCUCUUCCCACAAAUGCUGAUCCUUGCACCAAUCUUCUUGCCUCCAUCAAAUGCUGGUCUACUAAAUUGUCAUGAGAAAAAGAUGACACCUGCUAGUUGCUCAUCAUAUCUUAACAGGGUUGGGACAAACAAAGUUUCUCCCAAUGACAUAUGCAACGUCCUGCAAAGUGUGAUGGAAGCUCUGGGGUUGCUGAUUAAACAAGUUUUGUGUGAUCACCUGAUAUGCCUUAACAAGUCAGAAUGGGAGGCCAGUAGUUGGCUUAAAUACUAUUCAUCUGCAAACAUGAGUAACAGUGGCACCCUUUUUCCUUCUGAGAUGUAGGCUGUUCAUACUCUGGCCAAUCAAGUCAUUCAUGAAGCUUUCUGAUAGGCUCAAGAAGGCUAAGCUGUGCCCCUUCAGAUGAUGUUUGUCUACAACUACUAUCAUCCCUGACCGCUGGCCAUGCUGGCUGGGGCUGAUGGGAGUUGUAGUCCAACAGCAUCUGGAGGGCCAAAGGUUAGCCACCCUUGCUUUAGGCUGAGGUUGAAUGUGACAUGAUGGUUCCAAGUUGGCCUGAGUGCUUUUAAAAAUUUAUCCCAUUCCCCCAUAUGAUUAUAUUUUCUGUGCCACUUAGGGAAAUGACAAAUAGGAGAGAUUGCCCUAUAUUUAAACUGUAUUUGGAAAGUGUGUGUGUUGCUUAUUUAAUGUAAGCUAGAAUGAUAAGUUUCUUAAUAUUGAAACUAAAAUGUGCUUGAUCAAGGAUGCUCAUACUCCUUUGUGUACACACUUCAAUAGCUUUAUUAUGUUGUUUUGGAGACAUGAUUUAUUUUUUUAACACAACCGUGGAUGAAAAUCUUCUUUGAGACAUAUUCCAGAAAGCUUAAAUACUUUACUUCCACAUGGGGAAACACAUUGGUAGUUUGCAUCGUGCUUAAUUAUAACACUACGUCCAUGGAUGCAAUUUCUGGUGGUCCAAAGUGGGUAUCUGAUUUAAGAUGGUUAGGAGUAUCUUAAUGAAUUACAUAAAAUCUAUGAUCACACAUUAUCUCCCCCUCCCAGUUGAUUGUAUGCUCCAAGCCACUGCAUUUGGAAAGAAUAUGUUCCCUCUCUCUUUAACCCAGGAUUGCUUUUGCACUGUAAUAUCCAGAUGUGCUUAUAGAAUAAAAGGAGCAAGUUGCAGUUGACCAACCAGUUUAAAAGUGCAUAGAGAUUACAUGUCUCACAAUGCCUUAUCUGGGCUCUUAGCAGGGAAGGGGAAGCCAUGGCCCUCCAGAUGUUCUUGGACUACAGCUCCCAUCGUCCCUGAAAGUUGGCUAUGCUGAUAGAAGUUGGAGUCCAACAUCGUGUGGACGGCCACAGAUUUACUAUUUAUCUGCUAAAGCCAGCUUGGAUGUACAGUUCUGGGAAGCUUUGCUAUUAUGUGGUCCAUAAGAGUGGAUCCUGAGUCUAUGAUGACUAUGUCUUGUUAUGACUGCUUGUAUCUUUUGUAAAUCUUUUCAUCCUCCCCACUUCUCUAGCUAUAGAAAUAAGCAUGUCCAAUUCUACCCUGUACUUUUUUUCUUGUUGCUUGUCUCUCAGUAAAGGAUUUUGGUUUAAUACUCAA